GUAAAGACGGAUAAAAAUCAGUGACCAUGGGAGACACAUACAACAGCACAGGGAAGCAGCAACAGGGACAGAUCUGAAACUAGAAGAACACUCAGUCAUGAGACAUAAGGAAAAAAACCGCAGGACAAGACAAGUGAGGCUGAUGCAGAAAUUUGGACCUGGGGGAAGAUGUAGAGAUAGGAAAUGGAAACGGGAGAGCGAAAACAGAGAAGGGGAGCUGGAAGAAUUCACAGUAGCCCGGUGUAUUUGGGGAGGAAUGAUGACUUCCUUGCUUCUCAGCGCAGGCUCAACCCGGCCAGGCCUCCCUCUUUCCCCCAUAAGCCUCCCCUCUGCCCUGCCUCAGAGCUGCUCCUGCAGAGCUUAGCGGUCAGUUUGACUGGUCUCUGCUGCCCCCAUGCGGCCCUUCUGGGUAUGGCCACAGUGAGAAGCGGGAGAGGAGGACCAGCCAUCCAUGGGAGGAUCGGUUUGGGGGAGACACCCAGUGCGGGAGCUGAGCUAAAAGGGGAGCACUAAGACCCAGGGGUUGUGGAGGACGAAGCAACGGACUGGAAAAGGAGGGGGAGAAGUAGGCGGUGGGGGGUAGGGGUGGGAGCCAUCUGGUACCUUGGUUGCAUCGCCAAGCAUCGGCCAUAACAACGACAGAAAUGGCCAGUCAGUCCCAGGGUAUACAGCAGCUCCUGCAAGCUGAGAAGAGAGCGGCUGAGAAGGUGGCAGAUGCUAGAAAGAGGAAGGCCCGGCGCCUGAAGCAGGCAAAGGAGGAGGCACAGAUGGAAGUGGAGCAAUAUCGCAGAGAGCGAGAGCAGGAAUUCCAGAGCAAGCAGCAGGCGGCCAUGGGCUCCCAGGGGAACCUGUCAGCUGAAGUGGAGCAGGCUACAAGGCGCCAGGUGCAGGGCAUGCAGAGCUCCCAGCAGAGAAACCGUGAGCGCGUCCUGGCCCAGCUUCUUGGCAUGGUCUGUGAUGUCAGGCCCCAGGUCCACCCCAACUACCGGAUUGCUGCCUAGAACUCAUUGUAGGACCUGACUUCUGACAGUUUCCUCCCUCGAAGAAAUCUCCAAAACAAAGUUACUUCCUACCAUAAUCCUCUCCUCCCAGUCCCUACACAUUUUAGGAGGCAGGAGGAUCCAGUAAUUCUGUGAAAAAUUUAAGUAUCUUGUUCAGACAUGAAUCUAUUUAUUGUUCUUUAACCUUCACUGGAAUCUUGUAAACUCCCAAGUUACCCCCACCCACGCUCUUUGUGAAAUUUGUAGCAUGCAGAAGUAGAGAUAUCAAAAACACCCUGACUUCAGGUGGUGACUUCCUCCCCCUCCUGCGACCUGGUGGCUGCAUAACUGGGUCUACGUCAUCUGUAGCUUCAGUGUCCUCCUCUGCAAGGCUGCAGUAAUAAUAAUGAAAUGAUAAUAAUGAUGAUAGUGCCUAACUUACAGGUUGCUGCAAUGGACUAGGAGUCAUUCUGGAAAGAGCUUAGCAUGGCUUCUGGCAUGUAGGAGCUGUGCAAUCCUGUGAUUACCUUCCCCAUUUGCCUGUCAAAACCUAAACCCAGCUGUUUCUUCACUUCCGUCUGUGGCUCUCUUUCUUCUUAUUCUGUGACCCUAGUAUUGAAAUUGGUUCUUCCCACUUCUCUUUUCCCCAGAGACAUUAUAAUCCCUGACAAGAUGAAAUGAUGACCUCAUUUAGGCUCUGUACUAUGGUUCCAAGAAGAUGAUGCAUUUUCUUGUGUCUCUUAGUCUCUUUACUGGGUUUCCCUCUUUUCCUAUUUCCCCAAAGACCCAUCAGAUGCUCACUGCUUCCUGAGAUUUAAAUGAGGCUGUAGCCUUUGUGUGCACAGACUUCCUUUCUACAUCUUCUACAGUCUACUUUUUCCUUGUAACAGUAAGAUGUGUCAAUAAAAUAAUUAUGGGCAAACCAAA